AUGAAGCAACCAUUGAGGCCAGGGCCAAUCCAGACAUGAAUGAUAGAUUUCAGCAGUUCGAAAAAGAGGUGGCACAGUACCGAGAAGAAUCUGCCAAGGCUCAAGCUGAAGUUGAUCGUCUGUUGGAAAUCCUAAAAGAGAUGGAAAAUGAGAAGAAUGAUAAAGAUAAGAAGAUAGCUGAACUGGAAAGGCAAAUUAAAGAUCAGAAUAAGAAGGUAGCAAAUCUAAAGCACAAAGAACAGGUGGAGAAGAAAAAGAGUGCACAAAUGUUGGAAGAAGCAAGGAGGCGGGAAGACAAUCUUAAUGACAGCUCCCAGCAACUGCAGGUAGAAGAGUUGAUGAUGGCUAUGGAGAAAGUAAAACAAGAACUGGAAUCUAUGAAAGCAAAGCUAUCCUCUACUCAGCAGUCUCUGGCUGAGAAGGAAACCCAUUUAACCAACUUGCGGGCUGAAAGGAGGAAACAUUUGGAGGAGGUCCUAGAGAUGAAACAAGAAGCCCUUCUAGCCGCCAUUAGUGAAAAAGAUGCCAACAUUGCUCUCCUGGAGCUUUCAUCCUCCAAGAAAAAAACUCAAGAUGAAGUCGCUGCACUAAAACGCGAAAAAGACCGCUUGGUUCAGCAGCUAAAACAGCAGACUCAAAAUCGCAUGAAACUGAUGGCAGAUAAUUAUGAAGAUGAUAAUCUUAAAUCAUCUUAUUUCAAUCAAACUAAUCAUAAGCCCUCCCCAGACCAGGUAAUUCAGCCUCUUUUAGAUCUUGAUCAGAAUCGUAGCAAGUUGAAGUUAUAUAUUGGACAUUUGACAGCCCUAUGCCAUGACCGGGACCCUCUGAUUCUCCGUGGACUCACUCCUCCCACAUCUUACCACCUGGAUGAUGACCGUGCAGCUUGGAAGGAGGAGCUGCAGAAGAUGACCCUGGAGCAGCUUCAUGACGAGCUGGAAAAGGGUGAGAAGGACAGCACAGAGCUACAAGAGUUUGCAAAUGCCAUUCUCCAGCAGAUAGCUGAUCACUGCCCAGACAUCCUGGAGCAAGUUGUCAAUGCACUUGAGGAAUCAUCGUGACUGAAGCCAGCACUACUCCUCCACAGCAGCCUGCCACGGGGUCAAGCCCCACCAGUUCAAGGAGUCAUGAGGAUAUAAAAGCAUAUGAAAGGGGGAGGGGGAAAAACUUUUGGUGCACCUUUUUAUAAACAAAUGAACAUAAACUGGUAAUUCCUCCAGUCAAUAAUUACUGAACCAUGCCUGCGUUCAUCCUCUUACUGCCUUUCUCCAUUGGAAUAUGCCUCACAGUUACUUUCCCAUUGGCUCUGGGAUGUGUCUGCUCUGAAAUUUGCCAAGUCUAGGAAGUGUGAAGAGGCACUUGCCUUUAUUUUACUUUCCAAAUAGUAAAACUCUUUGGCCUGUGUGGGGAAUUGGAUGUCCUCUAAUAGUGUCUUAUAAUUGGCCAACAUCCAUUUAGCUAGAUUUGCUGCUUAUGUCGCUACAGGAGUAUUUGUCCUAAAGGAGAGGUGGGAAGUGUCCCAAAUUCUUAGGGAUGCCUUCUCUUAAAUAAGCACGGAUACGUUUUUGGGUUUUCCUUAUUGUUCUGCUUAUUGUGAGCCUCACUUUUGUUUACCAAAUGAGCUAUGAAAUGCUGGUGGCUAUUCUCUUCAGCUCGUUUUCUUGGUAUUUUAGUCAAUUUUACUAUAACACUAUUGAUAUAUUGUUGCAUUUUUUUUAAUAGUGCCUUUUUUUGUUCCACUUCUCUCAUUUUUAUCUGUUUCUGGGUUCUUAGGGAGAUGCUUCAUACCCACUGUGGUAUCUUCCAGAGCCUCCAUCAAUGUUUGAGCCUAGAAUAGCUUCUCUAAAUGACAUUAUGUUGACAUAUUACAAUUCACAGCCUAAUUAGGAAUCUGAAUAUUCAUUUGAAUUGUAUUCAUUAUGAAAACACAUUUUGGCAAUGGGCACUGCUACUUCUAUGCAUAAUUUAUUCUUUAGGCAUUCACUGGAACAAACUUUGGUUUUCCUAUAUUCCCAUCUUCGUUAAACUAAUGUUCUUAUUUCAGGUUUCAGGGUCAGGAGGAACCUAUAGAACAUAAAUAUGCUCCUUCCUUGACAAUGAAUGCAAUGUCUACAAGACAGUCUCACUCUUGAAGACUUUUUCUUCCCUUCCAGAUGUUAUAUUUCAUCCUUCAUCAAUAACAUUCUCUUUUCACCAGCUUAGACUUUGUCCCCUUUACCCCACCGCCCCAUCCCUUCCCAACACAUACUCAUCUUCAGAUCUGGAAAGCCAGCUCUCAUGAUGCCAUGAAUACAAUUAUAAAAGAAUGCAGUGGGGCCAAUUGGAUGUUCAUGUUGUCUUGGGGAUGCUUCAGAAGGAGGACUUGGUUUUGAAUUAUAAACAGUAUUUCUUUCUAUGGAUUUCCUAAUGAGAGGUUCAUAUUGGUCUUAGUUAACAUCUCCAUGGUUUUGGAAAUCUGUAAUGAUAGCUUUAAAGCCAGUGGCAAUAAGAGCCUCUGGUUUAUGCUUUUUGACAUAAAAGAGAAGAGACAUGAAUGAUCUUAAGUUGGCAGUUGCCUUUACCGGAAGGCAUAUAGACAGCAACUUUACAUACCAGAGCCACGCCUUUGGCCCUAUUGUUUGAGUAGCACAUUUUGGUAGGAGCUGCUGCUUUGAAAUCUUCCUCUCAGGUUUUUCUCCUUCAUCCCUAAUUACUCACUGUAGGAAUUUAAUGCUGCCCGUAAAACCAUCUCAGCCUUCAGGCCUAACAUUUGCCACCAAUACUUACUGGUUAUCCUAUUGAGUUAUAUGGUCGGAUCUCCAGCUGCCCUUGUUCCCUGCUGUAAAAUAAUCCACUCUCUGUAGGAAAAGCUCUGGAAUUUCCUUAUCUCUGGUUGAAAUUACUUCUGCUUGUAAACUUAUUGAGAUUCUCCUCCAUAGCCUUUUUUCUUUUUGCUCUGUUUGAUGGGGGAGUUUUUCUGAAAGAUGGCGAAGAUAGUUUGUGGUUGUUAUUUCAUUCUCACGUACUUAUUGCACCGUUUAGAAGUCACAGUAGUUUUCUAUGCUAAUGCUUCUUGAGCAUUAGGAGUUUUAAUUCAUCCCCCACAAUGUGGCUACACUAACUCAAAACUCGAUCUGUGUUACAAAAGGUAUCAUAUUCCCAGAACUAUGCAAAAGCCCCACUGCAGUGAAAUGGUGAUAAACGUUGUUGGCAUUCCAUUCACCAUAUUUUCCUGGGGGGUAGUGGGGAGAGAGAUUUGUUAAAUUAGUCUUUAUUGGUAUACAGUAGCAGCGCGCUAGCUGUUUGAAGCCUUGCCAUUCUAACCACAGAUAUGGAAUGGGUCUCCCAUGUCGCUCCUCUUUCCCUCCUUAUACAUAACUUUUUUAUCCUCUACCAUGAGUUCUCUUGCAUUUUAAGGGUGGAUCUAAGCCCUCAGUGAAGACUACAGAGAGAAAGAAUGUACAAACAAGUUCUUAUCUGCGAACAAUGAUCUAUCAGCAGUAAAUCACUGCAGGUAAUCUUGAUACAAUUUGAAAAGACAGUCAGUCUUUCUUCAUUUCUCUAGGAACUGUGGGGCUUGAAUAUAAGGUGUUGGCCAUGUCAUCUGGAAAUUCUGAAAGCUCCAAUCACAACUUCUCUGGAGGUUGUAAAGUUAGAAGUAACUCUGGAAGAACAUGAGCUUCUUAUUUCCUUUUAAUCAUAAGUAGAAGAUGGUUGACAAUCAUGUAGAUUUAAACAAUGUUGCCUUCAUUAUAAGACAGAAUGAAAUGCACAGAUCUAGAGUUUAUAGAUAAUAUCUGGUAAUCUGAUUUUUCACUGAACAGUCGCAGAUCUCAUCAGUUUUGAUAUCUUCAUUAGCCUGCUACAAAUAAGAUCAAGCCUUUGUGUCCAGAAAAUAUACCCCUGGACAUUUUUCUGUAAAAGCACCCUUUUUUUUAUGCACCUUGUUUCUCACUUCAGUUUUACAUAACUUUUGUUUAGAUUAGCCACGUUAAUAGAUUUUGCUUGUUGGGUAAUAAUAAGACUUGUCUAUUUUAAGAAAUUUUUCUUUCAAGCUCUAAAAAGCUAAUUUUCAGGUAAUAAAAUAUGUUCACUAUCUCCAAAAAUGCUACAGAGAGAGAAUUUGAACAUUUUUUAUUAAAUUGGUACAAUUAAGAGCUUUCUGAAAGAUUAAGGUAAUUUCUUAUCAGCUUCAUUGGAUUGUUUAAUGAUCCAGAUUCUCAUUCUAAUUUCAUCAAAACCAGAUUUCAGACAUAUUUAAAAGAAAUGGAACUUCAGCUUCAGAAUGAUACAGUUAUAAGGAAAACGAGACCCAUCAAUGUAAAACACCUUCCUUUUGUAAUGAUUCUAUUGCAAUCAAUACCUUUGGCCCUUGUUUUUACUUAGAAAUGCCAAGUACUAUCUGAAAAUCCCAAAGACUUGCAAUAACUAAAGGAAUAAAGAAUAUAGUAACAUAGAUGUGCCAUCAAACACCAUUUUAGAAGAAAAAAAUGUUUAUGUGAUGUUUGUGGGUUUUUUUAAGAUCACUAUAUGGGUAUAUAUAUAUAUCUACACCCAUGUUCAUCAGUAGUUUUAAACAUUUGUUUUCUCUGUCUAUUAAUUCUGAUAUUCUGUUAGGAAAAUAUCUCUGUCUGAAAAUAAAAUAAGUUUCCUUCUUAUGUCAUAUAAGAAUGUCACCAUAGCAUAGAAUCCUGGAGUGACCUUGGUCAAAUGAAAAUAGGAUACAUUUUUGUCGCCGUUGUUGGAAUCUGAUAGAUAAGAUACUACUAGUAGAAGUGAAAGCAGAUUGCUGUAUGUUUAACCCAUUCUCCCUUGGUAAAGGUGACAGAGCAGAGAAAUCGGGCAGCGGGCAGUUGGGGGCUGCCAAAGUUAACAAGACAAACUCUUCUCUUGCCAAACACUCAGUCUUAUCAGUGCAACCGGUGCUGUUUUUGUAAUAAAACCAUUUUUUACUUUUUCCAUUUAUAAAGGAAGCUGUUACCUUCUGAACAAAAUGGCUGUCUGUUGACAUUUUUUUAAACGAGAGAAUAAAAGCAUUUCCGAACUUUUUAGUGUCAAAGCGUAAACAUAAGAAUACUGAUUUUUCCAGUGCGUGUGGUGAGUGCUGUAACCCUGUCAUCAUUGGUAUUCUUGAAUCUUUCAGGGUUUUUUAAUUUUAUUUUUCUGUUUUGUUCUCUGCUUGUCAAUUUAUUGUCUGUGUGGUCCUCAGGCUGGGGCAGUUACUGACUGUGUGUCUAUUGUCCGACUUUAAAUAAAAAAGGUAGAGUAGAAAUGGAAAAGUUGUAUUUUAAAAAUAUAAACACUAAAUGUAUUGUCCAAAGGAAUUCAAAUAUGAAUAGGCAAAGUUGUGAACUCCUCCUCACAGUUGUCUAAGGAAACAAAUAUUUUAGGCUCAAGUUACCUUUCAGUUGCCUUUGUCAGACUAAGGAAGACCAGACCAGUGUGGCCUUCAUUGGAACAUCACUAAUCCUUGACUUUCUCACUGUAUCACUAUGGUAACAUAUGGCGUACCUUUAAAAGAGAAAAUAAAAUUAGUCUUGCCAUUGUUUUCUCUGAACUUCCCUAGUGAUUUAGUAGUGCACAUUUAAACUGAAGGGAUGUACUGAAGCUUAUGUGCAUACUCUGAACUUUUUUUUACGCAUAAUUUAAGUCAUAUUUCCAAUGCCUCUGCCAAUAUUUCCAUUGUUCCUUUGAAAACAUAAUCUUAAAGGGCUUGUCAUUGUGGUAGAAGAUUUCUACUACUGCUCCAGGGUUUGGCUAACUUAAAUAUGCAUAGCAUAAUUAGAUUUAUUAUUGCUGCUAAUCAUAUCUUACCAGACAUGAAUGUACUUUUGAAAGUUUAAACCUGGUUAGUUUUGGGAAUAUCUAUCACCUUUUCCAUCUGAAACAGCCAGUGUUUCAGCAGAGAUAUAUCUGAUUUACUAUCAACUGUUCCUGCCAGAAUAAGAACACUGAAUUUAUUGCAGAUGGUUUGUAAUUUCACCCUUGGGACAUUCUUAUUAAUGCUGUAUCUUAAAGAUUUGAGCCAAGUUUAAUUCAUAAUUGCCUUUAAUUUUUUUUCCCAUCUGGUUUUGGCUUAGGUGAAGUAAUGCAUCUUUCAGGCAUUGACCAAAUAAACUAGAAUUUGUCUUAAUACUGUUUUCAACGGGCAUCUCCUUAAAUACAAAUAGAUCAUAAGCUUGGCUUACCUAUAUUAGCACACUUCCAUCAUUGAUGGCUUGUACAUGCCAUUUUAAGGAUACGAUCACAUUGGUCCAAGUAAAUGGGCUUAUAUACAAAAGGUCCUCCUAUAACCUGAAAUGCAUGCUAUUUAAUUCAUCCCUGCCAAUACAGUAUGGUUAUUUUCAUCGGAUUCAAUUCAUGAUGAACUUAGAACAUUAAGUUCUGUUUUACCAAAUUAGUCAUGAAGGCAGCAUAGUGGGCUGUCAUAGGGGUGAAAAACUCUGGGAUGGCUCCCCCAUGUUUAUAUACCGCAGGUGGGGAUAAUAAAGAUGGGAUUUUUUUUUCUACUUGGAAAGUGAUAUGUUGCACUUUAAUAGAGGAGGAGACAAGCUUUGCAUAUAUAGUCUGACAUACUUUGAGUUCCUUGUGGAAGGACUAGCCGUGGGAGAGAAUAGAUGUCUGUAACGCAAGUGCAUAUGCUGCCUUCAACAUAUAUGUGUUUAAUUGAUGGAGUCAUGUUACUGACAAGAUAAUGAAUUGCAAAGAAAUUGUGUUAUAUAUUCAACUUUGCCUUGAUAAUAUAAACAUUUUUGUUCAGUUGUUUCUUUUUUAUUAACAAAGUUCAUGAGGAAAUUAUAAACUUGUUUAAAAAUUGUAUGUUACAUUCUUUUUUUAAAAAAAAACACCUUCAUACAGUAAAUGUUAAGGUCUCCUAUUCCAGCAUGCAAAGUGUUCAAAGUGGUGAUCAAAGUCUUCUGAUUGUUACCCUUCAUACAAUAUCCCUCAUGUGGGCAUGACAGUCCCCAGAUGUGUAGAUUUGGUGGGCUCAUCUUGGGAGGGAGUUGGGAGCAGCGUUCUUACAUCUUUACAUUUGGCACUGAAGGUAUGUUGAUUAUUCCACUGGUUAACUAUAAACGACACAUUCCUCUUUUUUAUUUUUUUUUUGGUUGAAAUUGGCUUGGCUUUUUUUCUUUUUUAGUACAAUAAAGGAUGUGCACUUCUGUAUAUCCUUAUGGACAUUAAUACAGUUUUUAUAACACAAAGUCCCCUUUGCAUCUGGUUCUCAAACUCACCUCUCCUCCACUGCUCACUCAAGGCAGUGGCUGCUGUUACCUCUCCGCCCCUGGUGCCCAUCGCGUGUAUAUUUCCUUGUGAUAAUUGCCCGAAAGAAAUUUGUGUGCCUGCUUUCUGAUAGUCAGUUAGUCUUUCUACAUAAUUCCAACCAGAGAAAAUUCAUGGGGGCUAAGAUUUUGGCUUGCCCCCCACCUGCCAUUGACAGUGUCACCCUAAUAUACUGACAAUGUCAAUUAUGUCCUCACUUUGUGUACUAGAAUAAAAAUACCCCCCUCCUCCCAUUAGUCUGAUGCUACGGCCACAGUUUCAAGAGACGUUUUCCCACUUGCACCUAACUAUGGCACAAACACACCCUGGCCAUCUUUUUCCUGCCACAUCUCCAUGAUGAUUGCCCCCAUGCCACUCAAGCACAUAAGGACAGCAUUUCAGCUCAGCAGGUUGGAAAGGUCCAAGGCAUAUAAAAUGUAUAAGGCUUGGCACCCAGUGUUCGGAAUUGGGGUCUGUCAGAGAUGGAAAAUUUUCUAAUUUGGAUGGUAUAAUUAGAGGUGUGCAGAGAGACAUCAGGGCAGAACAAGCCCCAGAAAGGAGAGAAAGAGACUGCAUGGUGGUUGGGUGGAGAGAGCAACCCUGCCGUGAUUGCGUGGCAAGACUGUCUUGUUUCUGGAACACUGAACACCAUUUUACUGAAUAGGAGGCACCCUAUUAUGAGGGAUAGCUGUGGUCAGUGUGGGGGGUGACAUGGCCACACAGAUGUGCUUGGGGAGGGGACCUUCCUGUGCCAGUGUGAAACACCCGAGACUCACCUGCCCUACUCCCUCACCUUCAAGACAACUUGAAAAGAUUUCAGCACUGCAAGUGUGUUGCCAAUUACCCCUCCAUUACCCUGUACAGGACAUGGGAAAGUAGCAGAAAUCCAUCGCCAUAAAGAAAAUGAAAAACUCAACCUUUUUUCACAAACGGCCACCUUGUAGUGCUAUUUUCCCCGUUAGGAUUAUAUCUCCUUAAUGACAAGGAUCUGAGCCAUGUUUAAAAUCCGUUUACUGAAACAGACAGACUUUAUAGUAGGAAUGUGCAAACUCCUGUUCUCUAGUUGAUAUUUGGGACCCCGACGUCCAGAGCCCUUACUGACGGCCAAGCUGUAGGAAAGCUAAAAUGCAAAACGUUUGGAGAACACAACUUAUUGUACAGGCGAUGUGGAUUCCUGUUCUACACUCAUCCUUCAGGGCUUUCUUCACUUUUAGCACCUACAGCAAUUGUGCCCAUUGGCUAGUUCCAACAUAUAAAACUUCAAUACAGGUAUUUAAAGUCUAUCUGCAAACAAUAAGUACGCUCUUUGUUUUAUGGGAUUUUGUUUACUUCUCCCAGUAGGUUCUGGGCAACUUAUAUUGUAUAAAACAACUAUAUGGCCAUAGGGACUUAAAUCAGUAGACAUUUUCUUUGAUUCACUACCUGGGAUUUAAUUUUGUUGAGUAAAAGAUGUCUGGCUACACAUCAGACUAGGACUUAUUAUACCUCCUCACAGUUGAUACCUUUUUUGGGAGCACAAUUGUGAAUGAAUUAAAUGCAAUUUUACAUUUGUCAUGUGAUGUCAUUCACGAGGCAUGCUUAGCACAAGGCAUGCUUAGCAUGCUUUUCCUAAAUACAGUGGAACCUCAGUUUACGAAUUUAAUUCGUUCCG